UCCCAGAGUGCCCCGCGAACCAGGAAGGCACGUGGAGCGGUGCCUCCUAGGACCCGGAUUGAGACAAGAUGGCGGGCUGGCGGUGAGCUGCAAGUCAAGGGGUGAAAAUAGGUAUACCUAGAAGCAGAUUUUUUUUUUUUAAGAAGCAGAUUUUAAAAGCAGUUUCUCUUCAAGUCAUCUUUCAUACCGCCUGAUAAGCGUCUUGAUUCAUGAUGGCAUUGGCAGCAGUAAAAUGGGCGAUAUCAAGUAGAACUAUCUUGAAACACUUAUUUCCAAUUCAAAAUGGAGCCUUAUAUUUUGUUUGUCAUAAAUCUACGUAUUCUUCUCUUCCAGAUGACUAUAAUUGCAAAGUAGAGCUUGCCUUGACAUCUAAUGGCAGGACAAUAGUAUGCUAUCACCCUUCUGUGGACGUACCAUAUGAGCACACAAAACCUAUCCCUCGGCCAGAUCCCAUGAAGAAUAAUGAAGAAACACAUGAUCUAGUGCUGAAAACCAGAUUAGAAGAAAAAGGUGAACACUUAGAGCAAGGACCCAUGAUAGAACAACUUAGCAAAAUGUUCUUUACUACUAAACACCGUUGGUAUCCUCGUGGACAGUAUCAUAGACGUCGUAGGAAACUGAAUCCUCCAAAAGACAGAUGAUAUUGAGGUUUUCAGGAAUCAAAGAGAAAUGUUAUCCUGCAUCUCAUUUGCCAUUUGAGAAAAUACAAUUGGGUAUAUUCACUAAUAUGUUUUAUAGUAAAAUAAUAAAAUCUUUUCAUAUGUUAGAAUGUGUAUUUCUUUGUAUAUGUUAAAUAAUUCUGGAUUUGACAUUCUUAUUUACAGAAGGCUAUUUUAUCGUAUUUUCAUUUUGAGUUAUUAAAGUCUACUGUUUAUUUUUAUGUGCCUAGUAUGAUUACAUACUUGUAUAUUAUCAGCCAAAUAUUGUUAGUAGUAUAAAUAUGAUUUAAAAAUGUGCAUGGUUCUCCUGGAGAUUUUUAAAUUGCCUUUGAAGAAACUCAAGGGCCUAGCAGAAAAUAUAUGCUAUAAUGUUUCCUUUUUUGUGACUCUAGGAAAUAAUUACUUACAUUGUAAUCAGUUUCUACUACCUGCUAGGUCCUUCAUUUACAUUAUUAUUAAAUUCUCACAAUAAUCGUUUGAAGAAAGAGCAUCAUCCCCAUUUUACAGAUAAGGCUAAGUGACUUGAACCCUACCUACCUAGCAAGUGGGAGAGCCAGGUCCAAACUGUCAGGCUCCAGAGCUUUUUUGCAGUGCAUCACUAUGACAAGAGGUGUUUUCUUUCACCCAAGAAUGUAUUUUCCCAGAAGGAAUAUUGUAUUAUUCAUUUUGAGAUGUUUUAUUUCUGGCUGUCUUAAAAAUUAUGCUAGCUUCAGAACACAUGCAACUCUGUGAUUAAAAUGUUAAUAUUACUAAACUAGUCUUACAAGAAUGUUAAUAGUCUAUACUGUUGAUUAUCACUACCAGCUUAUAUAUGAUCCUUAAUAGCAUUGCUGCCCCUGUGAUUUCUAUUUAGAAGGUGAGGAUGUCUUUUAAGAAGGUGAAAAGGUGCUUUAUUCAAACUUGUGCAAUAUUUGUGAUAUUUUAAGAUUUGGUGUGAAAAAUGGUUCACAUUUAAAGUCUGUUGCGUAAUCUAGUUCUUUUAAUAAAGGAAGGUGAAGUUUCAAGUGUUGAGUAAAAUGUAAAGAAUAGUGAAAAGGAAAGAGUAAAGAAAAUAAUUAGCAGUGGCCACCCUCUGUUACAGAAAAGAAGUGUUUUUAAGUGGUUUAUGCUCUUUUCAUUAAUAUAUGAUUCAUUUGGGGGGAAGAUCAAAGGAAAAACACAUCAAUAGAAUUUGAUAAUCAGAAAUAUUAACUGGCUAUGUUUGGUGACACUUCUUCGAAAAUAGUUUCUUUCUGGUUGAUUUAUAUCCAAAUUUUUAACACAGAUUGAGAUAUGCCAUGUUAUAAAAGUAGGAAGAAUUAAAAACUAAACUAAUUAAAUACAUUUUCUUCUAAGUACAAGGAUCUACUAAGUAGAGAUUGUUCAGUUGUACGAGGGUGAGUCAAAAAUUAUCCACACUCUGGCUGUAGAAUUUGUUGUAAUUAACUUUUAGAAAAGACAAAUACAUCAUUUUUCAACAUAAUCUCCUUGCUUUUCAAUACACUGUCUAUCUGUCAACAAGCUUUCAUAUUCCCUCAUUAAAAAACGUUUUAGGCUGAGCUGUGAGCCACGAAUGCACCGUUGUCUUCACUUCUUCAUCAGAAGUGAAUCUUCGUCUUUGUAGGGUUGCUUUCACUUGUGCAACCUUCCUUGAACUUCUCUAUCCAUUCAUACACACUUUUUCAGGACAAAACGCUGUCUGCAUACUGUGCACAAAGUCUUCGAUAAAUACUGGCAUCAGGUACACCCUCAGACCACAAAAAAUGAAUCACUGCACGCUGCUCUUUUGUGCACAUCAUAAGUGGAGCAUCCAUUUUUGCUCACACCGCAGUUACAAAUGAACUGAUGUAACAUGUUCACACGUCCACAACAGUGACUGGGGAGAUAGUAGCGUUGAACGGAAAGUGCUGAUAAGAUAGUGCGGCCAACAGAAGUUUUAAUAUAGCCAGAGUGCGGAUAAUUUUUGACUCACCCUCGUGAGAUGCCCAAACCACACAUUCACAUGUGAGUGCUUUGGAGAAUUAACUAGUUUUUUGUUGUACUGGAAAUAUAGUACAUUGUAGCUAACACUGUAGUUCCUGGAAUUUUGGUUUUCAUGAGUUGCUAAGUCCAUGUUUCAUCACUGCUAUUACCUCCCCUCUGCUUCUGCACUUCAGAGGAGUAACACGUUAUACACCAUCACUAACACUUUAUGAAAGGUCAUUUUAUUUUAUUUUUUCAGAAGUGUAAAAAGUACAUAAGGUCUGAUGAUUCUUUAAAUGAAAUAAAUUUAGCUUCAUGAAAAUCUUACUACCCAGUCCUUAUUCUCAUAUUUCCUCCUAUUGGUGAGGUGGAUUAACACACUUCAAGUUGAUAAAAGUAUUGUCAGCGAAACCACCAGAGGGCACUCUCACAUAGGGUUCAAUUUGAACAUUUCUCAACCAAAGGAUAGUGACUUAAUGUGCUUAAUUUAGCAGACAAUAUGUGCAUGUUCUUUAGGUAAGAAUGACUAGUAGAAUAAAUGACAGUGAAAUUAAGUGAGGCCGUUAUUCAUUCUGUUUAUCUAGUCAUUAAGCAUUUACUGAACCCCCUACUGUGCCUAUUAUGAAGAGGCAUUAUACUUUGUGCCAGGCCAAUAACAAAAAAUGGGCCCUUAAGGAGCAUAGUAUCUACUUAACUAGUAUCUACUGAGCUACUUAAUUUUUCUAAUGACGUUGCCUUUUAACCAUGAAUAGAAUGCAUCAUUUUUUUAAAUUAGAGACUAAAUAAAUAGAAAAUAAAAUUACCCACAAUUGUCCCAUCUAAAGAUAACACUAACAUUUUUGCUACCUUCCCUGUUAUUUUACUGCAUAAAUAAAUUUAAAAAAUAAUUGUAUUUAUUAUGCAUGUUGUUUUAUAACUUGCUUUUUCACUUAAUAUCAUGAAUUUUUUUGCCAUAUCAGUAAAUACUCUCAUUUAAUGGGUUCAUAUUAUUUUAUAAUCUGGAUUGUUGUAAUUUUAUUAACUCCAUACUAUUAGACAUAAUCAUUGUUUCUGUUUGUUCCCUAUUAUGAAGAAUGUGGUUAUUAACAUCCUGGUGAAUACUUUUUCUUAUUUUUUGAAAGACUUUUAUUUUUUAUUAAAAAAAUUUUUUUAUUCUAAUAUAGUUGAUUUACAAUUUGUUAAUUUCAGAUGUACAGCAAAAUGAAUCAGUUAUACAAUUAUAUAUAUAUCUGUGUGUGUGUAUAUAUAUAUAUAUCCAUUCUUUUUCAGAUUAUUUUCCCAUAAAUGUUAUCACAGAAUACUGAGUAGAGUUCCCCUUGCUAUACAGUAGGUCCUUGUUAGUUAUCUAUUUUAUAUGUAGUAGCGUGUAUAUGUUAAUCCCAAUCUCCUGGUUUAUCAUUUCCCUCCAUGUUUCCCCUUUGGUAACCGUAAGUUUGAUCUGGAGGUCUGUGAGUUUCUGUUUAGUAAAUAAGUUCAUCUGUAUCAUUUUUUAAAUUAGAUUCUACAUAUACAUAUAAUAUAUUCAUCUUUGAUUUACUUGACUUAGCAUGGUAAUCUCUAGGUCCAUUCAUGUUGCUGCAAAUGGCAUUAUUUCAUUCUUUUUUAUGGCUGAGUAAAAUUCUGUUGUAUAUAUAUACACCACAUCUUUAUCCAUUCCUCUGUUGAUGGACAUUUAGGUUGCACCCAUGUCUUGGCUAUUGUAGAUAAUGCUGCAGUGAACAUUGGGGUGCAUGUAUCUUUUCGAAUUAUGGUUUUUUUCGGAUAUAUGCCCAGGAGUGGGAUUGCUGGAUCAUAUGGUAGUUCUGUUUUUAGUUUUUUAAGGAACCUCCAUACUGUUCUCCAUAGUGGUUGUACCAAUUUGCAUUCCCAUCAACAGUGGAUGACAGUUACCUUUUCUCCACACCCUCUUCAGCACUUACUGUUUGUAGAUUUUUUGAUGAUGGCCAUUCUGACCAGUGUGCGGUAAUACCUUAUCAUAGUUUUGAUGUGCAUUUCUCUAAUAAUUAGUGAUGUUGAGCAUAUUUUCAUGUGCUUUUUGGCCAUCUGUCUUUGGAGAAAUGUCUAGAACUUCUGCCCAUUUUUUGAUUGGGUUGUUUAUUUUAUGAUAUUGAGUGGCAUGAGCUGUUUGUAUAUUUUAGAGAUUAAUACCUGUUGGUCGCAUCAUUUGCCAAUAUUUUCUCCCAUUCUGUGGGUUGUCUUUUCAUUUUAUUUAUGGUUCCUUCGCUGUGCAAAAGCUUUUAAGUUUCAUUAGGCCCCAUUUAUUUUUGUUUUUAUUUUCAUUACUCUAAGAUAUGGAUCAAAAACGAUACUGCUGCAAUUUAUGUCAGCAAGUGUUCUGCCCAUGUUUUCCUCUAAGAGUUUUAUAGUAUCUGGCCUUAUAUUUAGGUCUUUAAUCCAUUUUGAGUCUAUUUUGGGGUAUGGUAGGUUUUGUUUUGGGGGUUUUUUGAUUUUUGGUUUUUUUUUUUUGGCUGUGUUGGGUCUUCAUUGCUGCACACAGGUUUUCUCUAGUUGCAGUGAGUGAGGGCUCCUUAUUGUAGUGGCCUCUCUUGUUGUGGAGUGUGGGCUCUAGGCACAUGGGCUUCAGUAGUUGCGGCACAUGGGCUCAACAGUUGUGUGUCAUGGGCUCUAGAGCCCAGGCUCAAUAGUUGUGGCUCACGGGCUUAGUUGCUCCGUGGCGUGUGGUAUCUUCCUGGGGCAGGGAUCAAACCCGUGUCCCCUGCAUUGGCAGGCAGAUUCUUAACCACUGUGCCACCUAGGAAUCCCUUUUUUUAAAAAAAUUAAUUAAUUAAUUUAUGCAUGGGCUUUCUUUAGUUGCAGAGAGCAGGGGCUACUCUUCCUUGCGGUGCACAGGCUUCUCAGUGCAGUGGUUUCUCUUGUUGCGGAGCACAGGCUCUAGGUGUGCAGGCUUCAGUAGUUGUGGCACAUGGGCUCUAGAGUGCAGGCUCAGUAGUUAUGGCAGACGGGCUUAGUUGCUUCGCAGCAUAUGGGAUCUUCCCAGACCAGGGAUCAAACCCUUGUCCCUUGCAUUGGCAGGUGGAUUCUUAACCACUCUGCCACCAGGGAAGUCCUGUGUAUGGUGUUAGUGUUCUAAUUUCAUUGUUUUACAUGUAGCAUCCAUAAAAGACUAUUUUUUACAGCACUUUAGGUUCACAGCAAAAUUGAGUGGAAGGUACAGUUAUUUCCCAUGUCGCCACAUAUGCUUAGCCUCAUAUGGUAAUUCUAUUUUUAGUUUUCUGAGGAACCUCCAUACUGUUGUCCAUAGUGGCUGCACCGACUUACAUUUUCACCAACAGUGUAGGAGAGUUCCCUUUCUCCACACCCUCUCCAGCAUUUGUUAUUUCUAGACUUUUUGCUGAUGGCCAUUCUGACUGGUGUAAGAUGAUACCUUGUAGUUGUGAUUUGCAUUUCUCUAAUAAUUAGCGAUGUUGAGCAUCUUUUCAUGUGCCUGUUGGCCAUCUGUAUAUCUUCUUUGGAGAAAUGUCUGUUUAGGUCUUCUGCCCAUUUUUCGAUUGAGUUGUUUGUUUUUUUGUUGUCAUUUAUAUCCCUUUAUUUUUAACCUAUAUGUGUCUUUAUGUUUAAAGUAGGUUUCUUGCAGACAACAUAUAGUUGGGUCUUGUUUUCUGAUCCACUCUGACAAUCUCUGUCUUUUAAUUGGUGCUUUUAGACCAUUAACAUUCAAAGUGAUUGUUGAUAUAGUUGGAAUACUAUCUGCCAUAUUCGUCACUGUUUUCUAUUUGUUGCCCUUGUUCUUUGUUCUUAUUUUUGUCUUCUACUCUUUUUUGCCUUUUGUGGUUUUAAGUAAUAAUUUUAUAUGAUUCUGUUUUCUCUCCUUUCAUAAGCAUAUUUCUUAUGCUUCUUAUUUUUUAAAGAAGAUUUUUAAAAUCUUUUUAUAGUGAUUACCCUAGAACCUGCAAUACACAUUUGCAACUAAGUCAAGUCCACCCUAUACUGCUGGAUUAUUUUGUUAUUUUAAGGUUCUUGCACUACCCCAUAACUCUAUACUACUUCAUGGGUAGUACAAGAACCUUAUAAUAACAAAAUAAUCCUGAUUCUUCCCUUCUAUCCCGUAUAUCAUUGCCAUAAUUCAUUUCUCAUACACAAGCAUAUAUAUGUAUAAUCAAAUACAUCAUUGUUAUUAUUUUUAUUUAUUUGGUUGCACUGGGUCUUAGUUGUAGCCGGUGGGCUCCUUAGUUGUGACAUGCGAACUUUAGUUGUGACAUGCAUGUGGGAUCUAGUUCCCUGACCAGGAUUGAACCUGGGCCCGCUGCAUUCGGAGUGUGGAGUCUUAACCACUGCACCACCAGGGGAGUCUGCAUCAUUGUUAUUAUUUUUUCUACAAACUGUUAUAUGUUAGAUCAAUGAAGAAUAAGUUUUUUUUUUAAUAAUGGUUUUCUAUUUAAUUAAAGCAGAUAUUUGCAAGUAGGUUUAUUUUCCCCUCACUUUUGAAUAUGUUUGAAUUGUUGUUGUACUUUUUCUUUUCCCCACGCUGCACAGUGUGUGGGAACUUUGUUCCUUGACCAGGGAUCGAACCCAUGCCCUCUGUGGUGAAAGCAGAGUCUUAACCAUUGGGACUGCUAGACAAGUCCCGAAAAAAGUUUUUAUUUCAUCUUCACUUAUUCCUUCUUCACUACUCUUCCUUUCUUUUUGUAGGUCUGCAUUUCUGACCUAUAUCAUUUUCCUUCUCUCUAAAUAACUUCUUUUAGCAUUUUUCACAAGGCAGAUCUACUGGCAACAAAUUCCCUCAAUUUUUGUUUGAGAAGGUGUUUAUCCUUUAUGGUUUUUCUUUCUUUUUUUUUUUAGAACUUUUAUUGAGAUACAGUUAACAGAGAGUAAACAGCAUAUAUUUAGAGUGUACAAUUUGGUAUCCCAAUCUCCCAAUUCAUCCCCCCCCCCAGCCCUCCCCGCUUUCCCCACUUGGUGUCCAUGUGUUUGUUCUCUACACCUGUGUCUCUGUUUCUGCCUUGCAUUUCCUCUUUCAUAGUUGUUAGCAUUUGCCUAUAUAUUGAGGUGCUCCUAUAUUGGGUGCAUAUAUAUUUAUAACUGGUAUCUCCUCUUCUUGGAUGGAUCCCUUGAUAUUUAUAUAAUGUCCUUUCUUGUCUCUUGUAACAUUUUUUAUUUUAAAGUCUAUUUUAUCUGAUGUGUCUAUUGCUACUCCAGCUUUCUUUUGAUUUUCAUUUGCAUGGAAUAUCUUUUUCCAUCCCCUCACUUUCAGGCUGUAUGUAUCCCUAGGUCUGAAGUGGGUCUCUUGGAGACAGCAUAUAUAUGGGUCUUGUUUUUGUGUCCAUUCAGCCAGUCUGUGUCUUUUGUUGGGGCAUUUACUCCAUUUACAUUCAAGGUAAUUAUCAAUAUGUAUGUUCCUAUGACCAUUUUCUUAAUUGUUUUGUUUUUGCUUUUGUAGGUCCUUUUCUUCGCUUAUGUUUCCUGCUUAGAGAAGUUCCUUUAGCAUUUGUUGUAGGGCUGGUUUGGUGGAGCUGAAUUCUCUUAGCUGUAGCUUGUCUGUAAAGCUUUUGAUUUCUCCAUUGAAUCUGAAUGAGAUCCUUGCUGGGUAGAGUAUUCUUGGUUGUAGGUUUUUCCCUUUCAUCACUUGAAAUAUAUGGUGCCACUCCCUUCUGGCUUGCAGAGUUUCUGCUGAGAAAUCAGCUGUUACCCUUAUGUGAGUUCCCUUGUAUGUUAUUUGUCAUUUUUCCCUUGUUGCUUUUAAUAACUUUCCUCUGUCUUUCAUUUUUGUCAAUUUGACUACUGUAUGUCUUGGCAUGUUUCUCCUUGGGUUUAUCCUGCCUGGGACUCUGUGCUUCCUGGACUUGAGUAGCUAUUUCCUUUCCCAUGUUAGGGAAGUUUUCAACUAUAAUCUCUUCCAAUAUUUUCUCAGGUCCUUUCUCUCUCUCUUCUCCUUCUGGGACCCCUAUAAUGUGAAUGUUGGUGCAUUUAACAUUGUCCCAGAGGUCUCUUAGGCUGUCUUCAGUUCUUUUCAUUCUUUUUUCCUUAUUCUUUUCCUCAUCAGGGAUUUUCACCGUUCUGUCUUCCAGGUCACUUAUUCGCCCUUCUGCCUCAGUUAAUCUGCUAUUGGUUCCUUCUAGUGUAUUUUUCAUUUCAGUUAUUGUGUUGCAUAUCUCUGUUUGUUUGUUCUUUAAUUCUUCUAGGUUUUUGGUAAACUUUUCGAUCUUUGCAUCCAGUCUUUUUUCAAAGUCCUGGAUCAUCUUCACCAUCAUUAUUCUGAAUUCUUUUUCUGAAAGGGUGCGUAUCUCCUCUUCAUUUAGUUGUUUUUCUGGGUUUUUAUCCUGUCCCUUCAUCUGGUACAACGUCCUCUGCUUUUUCAUUUUCUCUUUCUGUGGCUGUGGUUUCAGUUCCACAAGAUGAAAUACUGCUGAUACUUCUUGAUACUGCUGUCUGCCCUCUUGUGGAGGAAGCUGUCUAGGAGGCUUGUGGGUGCUUCCUGAUGGGAUGGACUGAUGGUGGGUAGGGCUGGGUGGGCAGAGCUUGGUAACACUUUAAUCUGAUUUGGUGGGCAGAGCUCAAUAAAACUUUAAUCUACUUGUCUGCUAAUGAGUGGGGCUGUGUUCACACCUUGUUGGUUGUUUCGCCUGAGGCUACUUAAUCCUGGAGCUUACAGGCUCUUUGGUGGGGCUAAUGGUGGACUCUGGGAGGGUUCACACCAGUGAGCACUUCCCAGAACCCCUGCUGCCAGUGCCCCUGUCUCCUCGGUGAGCCACAGCUGGCCCCCACCUCUGCAGGCAACCCUCCAACACCAGCAGGUGGGUCUGGUUCAGUCUCCUAUGGGGUCACUGCUCCUUCCGCCUGGGUCCUGGUGAGCACACUUUUUUGUGUGCCCUCUGAGAGUAGAGUCUCUGUUUCCUCCAGUCCUGUAGAGGUCCUGCAAUCAAAUCCUGCUAGCUUUCAAAGUCUGAUUCUCUGGGGAUUCCUCCUCCUGUUGCUGGACUCCCAGGUUGAGAAGCCUGACAUGGGGCUCAGAACCCUCACUUUAGUGGGUGGACUUCUGCAGUAUAGCUGUUCUCCAGCUUGUGAGUCACCCACCCAGCAUUUAUGGGAUUUGAUUUUAACGCGAUUGUGACCCUCCUGCUGUCUCAUUGCAGCUUCUCCUUUGUCUCUGGAUGUGGGUGUCUUUUUUGGUGAGUUCCAGUGUCUUUCUGUCAAUGAUUGUUCAGCAUUUAGUUGUAAUUCUGGUGCUCUUGCAAGAGGGAGUGAGCGCACGUCCUCCUACUCCACCAUCUUAAUCGUAUCUCCUCCUAUCCUUUACUUUUGAAGGAUAAUAUUGCAGGGUACAGAAUUCUAGGUUGGUGAGUUUUUUAAUUGCAACACUUUAAAUAUUUCACUUCAUUCUCUUCUUUGCAUGGUGUUUGAAGAGAGGUCAGAUGUAAUUCUUUUCUCCAUUAUACUUGAUCACAAUUUUUAAUUAGGCAUUUUUGUGUGUAUAUGAUUAUUUGAUAGAUGUCCAUCUUCCCUACUAGACUGUAAAUUCCAUGACUUUCAAAGACCCUCCAUGGCUAUAUGUACCACUAUGUCUCUAGCACCUAAUAUGGCCUGGUACAUUUAUUGUAGCACAAGCACCUUAAUAUGAUUUUGUAAAAGAAAUUAGUGCAGAAGAUUUUAACCUAAGGAUUCUGUAAAUGGGAUUUGGGGUUGGGAACACCUGUGAAACUCCUGAAAUUGUGUAGAAUUUUGAGAAUUUUGUAUGUCUUUUUCCUGGAGAUAAGCUCUGUAGUUUUUCAGCAGUUCAUUAAAGACUGUGUCACAUUAUACCCUAGUUCUUAUUUGCCUGCAGCUAAGUACAUAAUAACAUUAGUACUGGAAUGAUAUUGAUAUGCAAGAAAGAAAGUGUGGUUUCCACAUUUUCUCAGAAGCAACCUUAAUUAGAUUCAAGCAUUUUUAAGAAAAGAAGAAAAUAAGACAUCAUGUGCCUUCAUUUUGGAUGGGAUAAUUCCAUCAAGGAAUAUUUUUCCAGUUUCAGAUGUGUUUUCAGAAAUGAGCUUGGAUAUCAGUGCAUAAACACAAGAAGUUAGCAAACCAUUUCUUUGGCUGAAGGCAUAAAUAAGUGUCUCUGCUGCUUAUAGGCAAAGGGAAUGAUUUCUUAUAUUUUUUUCCACCACGGAAGUUCAAAAUUACUUGCUAAUAUUUUUUACCAAAAUAAUUUGCAAAUAUUCCAAAGAAAUGUUUUCCCCUAUUUCAGCUCAGCUAUUAGCCCCUUACUAUUUUCUAAUGUGCUGUUUAACCUUCUGAAAGUUGAACAGUUAAAUGCACUUUGAAGAAAUGCUCAGAGAGUAUGUAAUGUGUUUUCUAAUUCUGCAGAAAGGCAUCCACUUAGAUUUAGUAACAUCACCUCACAUUUAUAUAGCAUCUUCCUGCAGGAAGCCUAAAAUGAUUCACAGUCAUGAUUGCCUGAAUUUUUGUUAUGCUGCUUAUAAAUGAGUGCCUGUUUUUAGAUGGAGAAACUGAGGCGGAAUCUCACAGUUACAUCUGGAAAUCUCAAGUAGAACUCUUCGUUUCAGCAGGAUUGUAUCUUCUUUCUAAAGUUUUCUCCAGGAACUAAUCAUUUCAGCAAAUUUUAUUAAGCACCUACAGAGUUCAAGCCACUGUGGAUUCAAAGAUGAGAUCUCAUUCUUGGUUGAUAAAAUAUCUUGCCCAGACCUUGUCUUCUUUCCCCUCUAGUCAGAAUUCACCUGUUCCUCCUCCAUAACCGAAAGCACAUUUAAUUACUACUAUACCACCACUUUAGCUUGUCUUGAAUUAGAGCAAAGUUUGUCAUCAGUAGCACGGUCAGUGUGAUCAUUUGAAUUGCUCUCAUUGUCCUUUUCCAUCACUGCCAUCCAGGUAUAAUUACCAUCAUAGGAGAUAGAAGAGUAGACCUGAAAGAAACCUUAAAGAUGAUUUUUGGGCACAGACUUUGAUUUUACAGAUAUGGGAACAGACUCAGCAAGACUAAUUGACUUGCCCAAGAUCACAUAUCAUGGCAGAACCAACCAAUGUCUUCUUUAAACAUUAAGGAUAUUUUAAUAUGUGUAUAUAUGUAUACACAUAUUGAUGAAAUUUGCUUCCGAUAGCAAAUGUGCCCAGUGGUAUACUAGUACAGGUUUAACAACUGGGUCUGAUUGGGAGUGCUUGCCAGUUUCCAUGGUGUAGAUAAUGCUCACCAUGGCUGAUUUAAUCUACCAAUGGUUUAACAACUGGCUCACAAAAUUUCUGAAAAUUUAAUAAUUGGGUCUCACAAAUUGGUGUGAACCAGCUCUAGCAUUCCAUUGGCUGUGCCCCUGAGAUCAUACAUUUACUAUUAAAGCAUUAGAUUAUUUCUUCACUCAUUCUAGUUAUCUAUUCAGAGAUACUUUACCUUAUUUUCUGAUUAAUAUUUCCAGGGAGAAAUAAAUUAUUCCUUUCAUGUCAGCUUCAACCUUCAGUUUCUUUUAAGGAUUUAAUGACUUGUUGAUAAAUGUCUAAAAUUACUUGGUCUGUGUUUUAAGAGAACUUUGGCUGAGUUCUUGAGUAUCAGUUAUGUAUUGCUAAGUUACAAAUUACCCCAAAACUCAUUGGCUUAAAACAACAACACUUUAUUUAGUUCACAGUUCUUUUGGGUAUUCUGGUGUAGGCUGGGCUCAUAUAUCUGAGGUCAUUAGUUGGGUUAAUGAGUCUGGCUAGUCUUGGAUGGCAUCAUCCUUAUGUCACAGUGAUUGAAUGGCUGUCAGCUGGGGCAAUACAAGGACCUUUGUGUUUCUCAUCCAGCAAACCAACCCUGGCUUGUUCACAUGGCUUCAGGGUCUCAAGGGUACAAGACCAAAAGCUGUAAAGUCCCUUAAGGCCAAGCCUUUGAUCUGGCUCAACAACACUUCCACAAGGCCAUCCCAGGUGCAGGGAGUAGGGAAAGAGACUACCUUUUGAAAAGAGAGGUAGCAAAUAUGAUGGCCAUUCCAUCACAAUAGGAAUCACUAAUCUCAGCUGAUUUACUUUUGGGUUUAGAUUGUCAUGUGUCUGUAGGACAGAGCUAAAUGCACAUGCUAUGGUUGGCUCUCAGUAAGAAACUGAAGUUUUCUUUCCCGAUGUCCAAAAGAAAUUCAUAACUUUUACUUAUAAACCAGCUCUACCUGAAUGAUCACUCAUUGAUAUGCUCAAUAACUGAUAACUUCCUUAUCAAUUAAACCAUGUAUUUUAAUAGUGUCUCUUUUCCACACA